AAGUCCCCGUGUAGUAAAGAGUCUGAGCUGAGCGGUGGAGCCUGCUGUGUGGUGGACGCGGUUAUCAUAUUAGUAACCUUAUCAAAAGGAUCCACAUACACAGUGCGCACUUUGCCAGGAACGUUCUAAAUAAAAACAGGUUUUUAUAUUUUACAUAAUUAAUUUGCACUCUCAUCUGCGUAAGAAGAAAAAUUUUGAUAUGACUUAAUUUGAUAAUAAUAUUAUAUGACACUAUCGACAUCCGCACUAUGAGAGUGUACGAUAAUUAAGUGUCAAAAUGUUGAGCGGAUAUAACUUUAAGAGGACAAGACAGACACAGAAGGCGAGAGUCGAGGGAUCACGUCAGCAUCAUGAAGGGUUGGCUGGCUGUAGUGACUGUGUUGCUAGCGAUGACCACGAUGGCCGCUGGCCGCCACAGGCUGAAGACAGACUUCGCCGCCUGGAGAGUAGCCGAUGCCGGAAAAGGCUUUUUCUACAAGAAAGUAAACCCUCUAGUCCACAACUACAACAACAUGGCACCUGCAGUGGACCAAUAUUACAACUUCAGAAAUGGUGCUGUCGGUAGCCAGGACUACAACUACUGGGAGGAAAAUACUGCCUAUCAAAACAACGAUGCUUUGAAAGACUUUGACUCACCCGUCAGGCGGGAGAUGCAUCCGAUAAUGACAGACUGCCAGAAUUGCCAGACUCGCUAUCAAUGCGCGAAAGCAGGCUGUUUGAAGAACAAAGGACGUUGACUCCCAGCUUGGCCCAGAGCAGCAACAGUAUGGGGUCGCCCUUGGCCCAGAGCAACAACAGUAUGGGGUCGCCCUUGGCCCAGAGCAUCAACAGUAUGGGGUCGCCCUUGGCCCAGAGCAUCAACAGUAUGGGGUCGCCCUUGGCCCAGAGCAACAACAGUAUGGGGUCGCCCUUGGCCCAGAGCAACAACAGUAUGGGGUCGCCCUUGGCCCAGAGCAACAACAGUAUGGGGUCGCCCUUGGCCCAGAGCAGCAACAGUAUGGGGUCGCCCUUGGCCCAGAGCAACAACAGUAUGGGGUCGCCCUUGGCCCAGAGCAUCAACAGUAUGGGGUCGCCCUUGGCCCAGAGCAUCAACAGUAUGGGGUCGCCCUUGGCCCAGAGCAACAACAGUAUGGGGUCGCCCUUGGCCCAGAGCAACAACAGUAUGGGGUCGCCCUUGGCCCAGAGCAACAACAGUAUGGGGUCGCCCUUGGCCCAGAGCAACAACAGUAUGGGGUCGCCCUUGGCCCAGAGCAUCAACAGUAUGGGGGUCGCCCUUGGCCCAGAGCAUCAACAGUAUGGGGUCGCUCUUGGCCCAGAGCAACAACAGUGUUAGGAUUAAGUACUACAGACGUUAAGUGUAGCAUGUUUUGAGCAGAUGCUCUUUUGUUUAUGCUCUUGUUUAUAACUUUGUAAAUAGUAAGUUUUGUAACGUAUACCUGGACGUCAUUGUUGUUGUGGUUGAGAAUAAACUAUGUGUUUA